AUGGCCGAAACUCCAAUCCCGAAGGACGUCGCCGUCGCCGUCUCUCGGUUCACGGGCUCCCUCUCUGUAUCCACCGGCAUCUGGCUCGCGGUGGGCGGCAUCGGCCACUGUCCGUGGACCCCCGACUGGAGUCAGAGUUUGGAGGUGCCGUCUGUCCUGCUCAUCAUCACCCACUUCUUGGCCUUGGUGUCUGCCGCGGGCUGCGCGGCGGAGGCCUGGCCGGGCCAUGUGGCUCCGUUCUUCUCGGCCGCUGUCGUGGGCUUCGGGUUGGCCACGAGCUGGGUGUUCCUCUCGCCGACCCGGCCCCAUGUCUUCCAGGGGCUCUUCUGGUCCCUUUCGGGCCUCUACGCCGGUCUGCUCGUAGAGAGGCUCACGGGCGUGGGCACGGUCCUGCAGAGGAGGCUGGCUGAGUCGGCGGUCAGCGCGAAGGCGUCCAGGGGGCGAGGCUAG